AUGAACAACAAGAGGAUGACUUCUUCUCAGAAUCAGAAUUUUUCGGAUGACUCCCACUUUGCGUACCGACAUGCCUAUGCGAGGCAGCAGCUUGUCUCGUUGUAUAGUCAAAAUGGCAAUUCUCCUCCUGUCAUAUCUGCCAUUUACAUAAUGAUUCCCUUCCUCCUCUGUGAACCCAUCCGGACACCUUUCCAGUUUUUGCUCAACAGUGUGCAUCAAGCCACGGACUCAGAUCACCAGACUAAGACCUCAGCACUGACAAAUGUGCACCACUUUCCAAGUACCACGAGAGAUACCAACGGAGAUACCACCAGAGGCACCAGCAGAGACAGCAGCAGAGACAACAGAGUGACCAGCAGAGCCACCAUUAGUGUCACCAACAAAGACACCAACGACACUACCAGUGUCACCACCAGAGAGACAGAAACCAAUCGACCCAACAAGUCCAACAAAACAACCAACUACAUCCCACCAAUGCCCACCACACCACCCAUCAACACAACCAACCAACCCUCCUCCCCACCAUACAUCCUCCUACUCACCCUCCUCCCCCCCUCAAAUCCAUCAACAUAA